AUGAGUCUGUUGAGUCACGCCGAUCGCGCAACCAUUGCAUCCGGUGGCAUGAUCGGGGCCGCGAACAUCCCGAACCAGCUGAGAACCGGCCAGGAGAAUCGCGCAUUUUCACCGUCCUGGAUGGGUGGCGUCACUUCGGCCGGAAGCGCAAAUGGUGCAGGUGUGGGCCGAGGUAGUGCGCAGUUUGGCCGAGGUGGUGCACUGGGCUCGUAUCGUGGUCGUGGUAUUGCACAAGUAAAUUCGGCGCACGUUACGGAUACCUCGGUUAUUGGUCGAUUUGGUUCGAAUCGUGGUGGUCGCGGAGGGGCACUUGGUGUCGGUCGAGGGCUUACUACCGCUACGCAGCAGCAGCAACAGCAGCAGCAGCCGUUCAAUACUCGAGCCCAGGCUCUGUAUGAUCCACGAGAUCCACGUGAUCGCCCCAGACAGCGUCUUCGCAGUACAUCCGAUGAAGUGGCAAAUCCUCCGUUUGGUGGCGCGAUGGUAGACGAUUCCUCGUCUAAUGGAUGGAGCCAACUGGGACGAAAUGCUGCACCGUGGAGUAAGCGUGUUGCUGCUGCUGCAGCUGCAGCUGCUGCUAAUGGCAGUGUGCAGUCGUCGGAACCUCCGCACGACACU